AGGUCAGCGCGCCGCGGCCCGGGUCACAAUGCAGCCCUCCCUCUCGACGCCCGGGCCCGGACGCUCCGCAGACACCUGCCCGGCUCCGCCUAGAUUGGACAGUCCUCCCGCGGCCAGGGCUCGGGCAGCUGCUUCCAGCCUGGGACCGGCCUCGGCCUCCGGCAGAGCGCCCCGGGACCCGGACAUGAGUGCCCAGGAACCCCCGCAGGGUCGGAGAUUCCCCAUUGAGGCCGGAGACUCCCCUGGCCUUGCCGCCUCCCGCGAGUCCCAGGACAGCCUGGAGCAGGUGAGGGAACUGAGCCUUAAGCAACGUGCCUGUGGCCCCCCAGAUGACAGGUGAUGCUAGUGUACUCCUCAGCGUCCUCAGACUUGAGGCCCCAAAAUCCAUGCAUAGGAGGGGCCCAUGACAGGAAGGCUGCCUGGAAGCUGAAUGAGUAUUUCCCACUUUCCAAUUUUGCUUUAAUGAACCUACAUUAUUUUAGUAUUGGAAAAAAUGUAUGUAACACAAAGGUCAGGUUCAGUCUCCUGUCCCCUGAGAUUUAAGUACGAUUGACUCAACACCCCUCCUCUAAUCCACAUGGAGUAGAAGUCUAAGCCUCCCAGAGCACGUCAGAUCCCACGGUCACCAGAAAGGGCCACCCUUUUCGACUUCCACGACUUCCCUCCCAGGCAGUCCCAGAUGUAGGAGGCUUAUUGAAAGAAGAGAGGAUGUUUGUCAACAAGGAUCUACUUGGACUUUAGACUUGACCAUUCAGUGCCCCAGUCCUUUAACAUCCUGGCUCUUAAAAGCCCCUCCAUGCCUUUCUUUCCCCUUCACCAGAAUAAUCCCUGGCUUCAGGCCAUAGUGCUCGCUUCUCUCUCCUUUCCUCUCCCCCUUCACCCUUACCUCCUGGAGACACCCCCCCAACCUCCACCCUGCCACUGGGACUCUCUGUUCUUCUAUUAAGUGAAGUAAUCCAGCUGUUUCAAUCCCCACCAAACUCCAUGCAGGUCCUACUCCACUUAACAACUCAUUCUGCUGCUCUGCAGAAAAAGGGCCUCCCUGCCAGUAAAUAGUACUCACCCUCCUUAGGAGGCCCUUGUAAUUUUAGAGAGAAAAAGAACGGCCUCUGUAUUGAUAAGGUCUCUCCAUUGAAAGCAACUGAUGUUAGCUUAAGCAAAAAAGGAAUUGAUUGUUUCAAGUUGCUGGGAAGGAUAUGUUAGUGUUUAAAGGAAGAACUAUAGGAACCAGGGCAUCCAUUGGGCUGGAAUCAAGGAUUCAACCCCACCAGGACUGUUGCUUUGUUCCUCUCAUCCCUGAUUAUCUCCUCUGGGCAGGGAACAUGGCAACAUGGCUGCAUCAGCUUAGAAAUCCCAGGAAGGG